AUGAACACCUCUCCCGUACACAACCGCAAGGGCAGCUUCCUCACUCAGCUCUUUGCACUACGUCGCAAGAAUCAAAAUACGCAUGUCGAGCCCUACAUUCAUGAUCCUGUUGUUGAUGCACCACCGCCACCUCCUCCCAAAGAUCACAAGCGGGCAUCGACGUCUACGCAGCGACCUUUCCUAGGAGAAGAAUACAUUAACGAGAAACCCCUUCUGUUCGAUGUCGAUCUUAACGUCCUAGCGCGGCCACCGCAGCCUGCCUCGCAGCCAAUCCCCGUCAUCCAGAAAAUACCCCCACGGAUCCCUGCCAAGGCGUAUUCACCUCCUAUCAUACCGUUGACGCCCGAAGAGAAAGCGCGCCGUAGAUUAGCUGCGCAGCACCAAUCCGAGCUGGAAAAAGAAGCUAUGUUGAGGGAAGAACACGAACGCCAAGAGACGAAACGACGUGAGAAACUGGAGCAAGAACGCCUAGAGCGUGAGGAAGAAGAGGAAAGGAAGGCAGUGUUGCAAGAGGAGCUGCGGGCUGCGGCGCUAAGAAAAGCGAGACUGGAGAGAGAGGAAAGAGAAAUAGAAGAACAGCGAUUGCAAGAGCUACGAGAGAGAAAACAGCUAGAGAAAGAGCGGAGGCUACAAUACACGAAGGAAAUGGAGCGGUGGCGAGCAGAGCAGAUGCAGCGCGCCGAAUCCCAAUGCAGUGAGAAGGAGGAAGAGCGUAGAAGGUCGGUGGAAGGGAGACGCAUGAGAGUUGCUCGCAUGAACGAAGAAGUAUUCUCCGCCAGCACGGCAGAUAGGAUGGUAGGUUGGGUCACGGUACAACCACCCAACAUGCUUGCGUGGAAGAGGCGAUAUUACAAAUUUGAACUGGGCCAUGCAGAAUCCAAGAUGCUGCUAUACGGAAAUCCAAGGGAGGUUGUUAAACCCCUCGACGUCCUCCCUCUGGACGGACAGAUCGAUUCGCUUGCGGAAUGGUACGAGGGCUUCGAGGAACUAGAAGCAAUCCCCUACUCGUUUGCUCUGCGCUUUGUCGAUGGCGUCGAAUGGCGGAUGUUUGCAGAUUCAGCAGAAGAGAAGGACCGACUGCUGGUGCUACUGAGCGAAGCGGCGGGCAUAAUCUUGUGA